AUGUCUUUCGUUGCGUCUCCCUCCCGGCGCUGCCCCCGCCAUCUCGCCGUCGUCAAUGGUGGCUGCGUCAGCGUUCAGAAGGGUGGUUACUUGGGCAGUGCCGUCACAGAAAGUACCCCGCUUUCCUCCUGUGUCCCAGCUCUGCAACUGCAUCUCCACGUUCCAACGGCCAUCAGGGUGUCUUCUUCCUCGAGAUCUUCCUCUCUGACCUUCGAAUGGAACACCCAGUUGAAGCAUCUGGUGAAGUGCUGCCGGCUUGUGGAGGCCCGCAGCCUGUUCAACAAGAUGACGCACAGAGACGUGGUGUCCUGGACCACCCUCGUCUCCGGGUACGUCGUCUCCUGCGACGCCAUGGAAGCCCUCCGCCUCUUCUCCCGCAUGCGCGUCGACCAUUUCGUCGCGGUGGACUCCUUCCUCCUCAGCCUCGUUCUGAAGGCCUGUGGGUUGGGACGGCUGCGCGCCAACGGGGCAGCUCUCCAUGCCUUCUCGGAGAAGGCUGGUAUGGCGGUCGCCUCCGUCUUCGUCGGCAGCGCCCUCGUUGAUAUGUACGGGAAGAUGGGCCUCCUCUCCUUCGCCCUCCAGCUCUUCGACGAAAUGCCCCUUAGGAACGUCGUCUCCUGGACAUCCAUGAUCACUGCGCUCGUCCAUGCCGGGCGGUGCGAAGAGGCCCUCCGCCGCUUCGCGGAGAUGUGGGUCUCCGGCAUUGCGUGCGACUCCCACACGCUGGCCAUCGUCCUCAAGGCCUGCGCUGAUGACGGCCUUCUCUCCCGCGGUCGGGAGAUCCACGCUCAGGCGACGAAGACCGGCUUCGAGACCACAUCCUUCGUCGCCAACGCCCUCGCGUCCAUGUACGGCAAGUGCGGCCGCAUGGACAGCGGGCUGGUCCUCUUCGGGAAGAUGCGCUCCCCAGACGUCGUCUCCUGGACCGCCGUCAUCGCCGCCUACCUCAAGGAGGGCCGCCGCGAAGACGCCCUCAGAACAUUCGUGGCGAUGACGAAGGCAGAGGGCGUUCUCCCCAACGAGUACACCUACGCGGCGGCGCUCUCGGCGUGCGCGGGGCUGGCUGAAUUUGGCCUCGGGGAGCAGCUCCACGCGCGAACGGUGCGCGCCGGGUUGGCGCGGUCGGCUUCGGUCUCCAACGCCGUCAUCACCCUCUACUCCAGUACAGGGCGGCUCGCGGAGGCGGCCGCCGUGUUCCAGGAUAUGGGCUCCAGGGACGUGGUCUCCUGGAGCGCCAUCGUCUCCGGGCACGCCCAGGAAGGGGACAUCGAGGCGGCAUUCCGGCUUCUCGCGGCCAUGCGGCACAGCGGGACGGCGCCAAACGAGGUCACCCUGGGGAGCCUGCUUAGCGGGUGCGGCUCCACGGCCAUGCUCGCUCAGGGUCGUCAGCUCCACGCCCACGCGAUCUCGGUGGGUCUACACGCCGACGCCAUGGUCCGAAGCGCUCUCAUCGCCAUGUACUCCCGAUGCGGCAGCAUAACCGACGCCCGCGGGGUGUUUGCAGGAAUUCCUGCCGGGGAUGUGGACGUAGUCUCGUGGACGUCCAUGCUCAGCGGGUACGCCGAGCACGGCUGCGGGCGGGAGACGAUCGAGCUGUUCGAGAGCAUGCGACUGGCCGGGCUGCGCCCUGACGGCGUUACCUUCGUUGGCGUGCUGAGCGCCUGCUGCCACGAGGGGCUGCUGGAUCUGGGGUUCAAGUACUUCCGCUCAAUGCGGGAGGUGCACGGGAUCGAGCCGCGGAGGGAGCACUACGGGUGCAUGGUGGACCUCCUUUGCCGCGCGGGGCUGGUGGAGGCGGCGGAGCGACUGGCCGAAACGAUGCCGCACGAGCCCGACGACGUCGUCUGGUCCAUGCUGCUGCGCGCAAGCAGGGUCCACGGGCACGCCGACUGCGGGCAACGCGCGGCGGAGAGGAUCCUCGUGUCGCAGCCCAACUGCGCGGGGACACACAUCACGCUCUGCAACAUGUACGCGGCGGCGGGGAGAUGGGGCGACGCCGCCGACGCCAGGAAGCUGAUGAGGUCCAAGGGCGUGAAGAAGGAGCCGGGCUGGUCCUGGAUCACGCUCGACGACGGCGUGUCGGUGUUCGCCGCGGGGGAUCGGAUGCACCAUGAGACCGAGCGAAUAUACGCCGUGUUGGAAUUGCUUGCGGUGACAACAAAGCAGGCGGACGAUGACCCGGAGUUGUCACUAAUGGCUGACGAAUUUGCGGUCUCUGGUGGGGCAUUAAUGAAGGCUGUGUGA